GUAUAGCCUAUGACCAGUCUCUGGAGAGUUGACUUUGACAUAUUCUCUUCCUUUUCAAAAUUACAAAAGAUCUUGUUAACAGUUUAAUUUAACUUCACGGACUGAAUAUUCAAUUUUAACAUGUUGAUUCACAGUUUGGCGAAGCUUUUGCUUCCUCUUACUUUCCUAACAAGUCAAGUUCUUGCUGUCGACCCAACUCCAGCUGAUAAGGCAAAAUGGGAUGCUGUAUGCAAGCAAAAGGCCGGAUCUCAAUUUUCCAUGCAGUUCGAUGCGACUGGCAAACCGACUGGACAAUGCGUUGCGCCUCCAGUCACAAGCUGUUAUUGGGGACCAUACACCGAUCCGAAAACGAACAAGCCUGGAUGCUGCGGUAAAGACAAGGGAACUUUCAUUGUUGACCCCGUGGUCAAGACAGAAGGAGCAUGUUGCGUUGCUCCAGGUCUUUUUUCCUUCGAUGCCACGACGAACAAAGGCGAUUGUUGCGCUCCAGGUAAAUUCUAUCAUGCCGAUCCAAAGACCUUAACAGGUAGCUGCUGUGCAAAUGACGAUGACGUGUUUACCUGUGAUUGUUCUUGCAAGCCGAACCCGACACCUUCUUGCCCUAAGGGUGACGGAAAAGAAUUCACAGCCGGAGGCAAGAAAUACAAGCUCUAUUGUAAACUGACACCCGCACCUUCAUUGGGCGAUUGCAUGACUCGCUGCUCUGGAACCGAUACCUGUGUCCGUGCAAUCUGGAAUCAAGCUACUGGUAUCUGCUACUUACGAACUCAUGGCAACAACGCCGUACCCGUAACAGUUGAUCCAUUUGAUAGUGCUCAUCUAAUCGAGGAGCCAGUUUGUCCCUGCCCAUGCCCAUCAUGUCCAACACCAGACCCCUUCCCAGAUAAAUGUCCGGCUGCUGAAGGCAAGAAAACCACGGUGGGCGGAGUUGAGUACAAGGUUUAUUGUACGUUGGGUCAUACAGCUGCAAAUGCAAACUUGGGAGUUUCGAGUGCGAAAGAUUUCAAGGAGUGCAUGGAGCAGUGCUCUGCCAAAGCCUCACCUUUCUGUCAAGGUGUCAACUUCUAUGACGAUGGCAAUCCCACCGAUAAUUGUGUUUGGGCUUCUAUACACCAGAGUCCUCCAACAGGAGCAGCACCUGCAGGAGGUGAUUUCUUAUGUGCUAUUCCUGUUACAAAGAGGACUUAGUGAAAAGCUACUAUCUUGGCUUAUGAAAGCUUUUCGGGAAGUGGGGAGGGCCAGGCUGGUAGGGACAAUUGGUGUCGUAUCUUUGGAGACGAAAGAUGAGGGUUACUUCAGGCUAGAAUUUCAAUGAUAAUCUGAAGUUGAUACAACCA